AUGAAGCUAUCUUUUUCUUUCUCCAAAAAGGCAGAGCCAAAGAGGGUGGUGCCAGCUCUCUCAACCAAACCGAAGCCCGAUGAAGGGAAGGAAAUCAUCACCUCGCUCGAAGGGGGCGAAGUCAAGAUUGAUGGUGUGGCAGAGAGCGCAAAAGCAUUCACAAUACCUUGCAAGAAUCCCUUGGAGAUGCAGACGCAGAAGCUCCGCAACGAGCCAACCCCAGCAGCCAAGGCGAAGGCGAGCGCCACACCUGAAUCCAUCAAAGAUGGCCAGGGUGGCCUCGUUCUACCGAAACUUCAGCAGAUCUCUGCAGAGGAUGCGGAAGCCAUGAAAGAGCUGAUGAAGGAUGCCCAGGAAGGUACAGACCGGAACUCCGUCCCGGAGGUAGCACCAAUCCUCAUGCGGGAGACCUCUCGCAAGGCACGUGAGGGCGGUGCAGCAGAUGUCUCCAAGGAUGCUUACGAGCGAGUGCCUGUUGAGGCCUUCGGUCUGGCACUGCUCCGCGGUAUGGGUUAUGACCCGGACAAGCACAAGACGAAGCCCAUUUGGCAUGAGAAGCCGAGAGACAACCUGCUUGGCUUGGGCGCACAGCCCCUUUUGCCAUCAGAGAAGAUUCCCAAGCGAAAGGGUGAGAAAGGCGAGGAGAAAGAGAAGACUAGCAAGGAGCAUCCUGAGAAGCGGCCGAGGGAGUCAAAGAGUUGA